AUGCAUCAACUCUCAUCAACUACCGCCAACUACCGCCAACUACCACCAACUACCACCAACUACCACCAACUACCACCAACUACCACCAACUACCACCAACUACCACCAACUACCACCAACUACCACCAACUUCAGUGUCCAGCGACUAUCACCAAACUACUAAUGCAUCAACUCUCACCAACUACUGCCAACUACCGCCAACUACCACCAACUACCACCAACUACCACCAACUACCACCAACUACCACCAACUUCAGUGUCCAGCGACUAUCACCAAACUACUAA